CUGUCUUGGCCCAGAGUCAUGAUUGUAGGUCGGGGCCUGGGAGUUGGCAGCUGUAGUAUAAAUAGGCCUAUGAGUGCAGACAGUGCUUCAGACGAAGCAAGUAAAACACAGCUCCCCAGUGUUGACGCACUCUAUCAUUUUGGCAGCAGAUUGGUUGCAGCUUCAUUCACUACACGCUCACGCAGACCAGUGUUGUGUUGAGACUGCUGAUUUCUGUAUGACGAUGGCCUUCAGUGAAUCCUUAGUGAGUCUCUGUGCGACGGUUGCCACACUUUGCAUCACGUCCAGCAUUGUGGCCUUGGUGGUCCUCUUCAUCCAGAAAUGGAAGGUGGAGAAAAAGCUUGCGGCAUUUCCGUCUGACCCCGAAAGGCACUGGCUCUUUGGCAGUCUUUCCAAGUUCACUGGUGAUGAGAAGGAAUUCGAGUGGAAAAGGGAGGUUGUGAAGAAAUGUGUCACUGCAUCGGUCUCAUGGGCUGGACCUAUUACUCCAAUCAUUAGCGUGUACCAUCCUGACACGGUCAAAGCUGUCCUCAGCACAGGAGAACCAAAGGCGGAAUUCACAUACUCUUUUAUACGUCCCUGGAUUGGAGAUGGGCUGCUUGUAUCAGCUGGGAAGAAAUGGGCAAGGAAUAGACGCUUACUGACACCUGGCUUCCACUUUGACAUUUUGAAGCCGUAUGUGGACAUCUUUCAACAGUCUGGCAACAUACUUGUGGAGAAGUGGAAAGCAGCCUGUGGUGGUAAGAAGACUUCAAUGGAGAUGUUCAGUAACAUGAGCCUGCUGACAUUGGACAGCCUCCUCAGGUGUAUAUUCAGUGUGGAGACCAAUUGCCAAACGGUUGAAAAUCACCCCUACAUCAAGGGCAUCUAUGACAUCUCCAUCCUGGCUAUGGAACGUUUUCAUUCCCUUCCUUUCCACAUUGACACAAUCUUCGAGUGGAGUCCCAGUGGGCGACGCUUCCGCAAAGCCUGCAAUACAGUCCAUAACUACUCGCGGGAUAUCAUCCAGAAGCGAAAGAAUGCACUGAAAGAAGAGGCUGCCAAGGGGCAAACAAGACACAGGAAAUACAUCGACUUCUUGGACAUUCUGCUUUGCGCUAAAGACAGUGACGGUCAAGGACUAACUGACCAGGAAAUCUAUGAUGAAGUGGACACAUUCAUGUUUGAAGGGCAUGACACGACAGCAUCAGGCUUGUCUUGGUUCCUGUACGACAUGGCCCGGCUGCCAGAAUUCCAGCAGAAGUGCCAAGAGGAAAUCGAUGACCUCUUAGUAGACAGAGAAGAUGACCGGCUGGAAUGGGAUGAUCUCAGUAGUAUGCCCUACCUGACCAAGUGUCUGAAGGAGAGCCUGCGUGUACAUUCUCCCGUCCCCAAGAUCAUGCGAACAUUGACCCGACCUUUGACCUUUCCUGAUGGCAGGACGUUGCCGAAAGGAACCACUAUAACCAUCGUAAUCAGUGAUCUACACAAUAACCCGCAUGUGUGGGAUGACCCCGAGACCUUUGACCCAGAGAGGUUUUCACCAGAGCGGGCAAAGAACAUUCCUCCCUUUGCAUAUGUGCCCUUUGCGGCCGGACCAAGGAAUUGUAUCGGUCAGCACUUUGCCAUGAAUGAAUUGAAGAUCAUAUCUGCCACAGUCCUUCACAACUUUCACCUGUCCGUCGAUGAGACCAUCCCAGUGCAGCGAAUCAAUGCGCUGGUUCUGCGAGGCAGAAAUGGCAUUCAUCUGCAGGUCACACCCCGCCAUCCUUAAACUGAAUUCCUCAUACCAAGACAUCACGUCCAUGACCACCAUCCAUGAAUAUAAAAAUGUGACAUUUUCAGCCUUAGAUUUAAAGCAGUUUUAAUGACAUAAAGUCAGUGCACUUUGAUUAAUUAAUUAUGUUCUCUUGCUGUCUAAAAAUAUAAAAUAUAAAACUUAGUUAGUUUUCCAUUCAAAAAAACUAGGAGUAGUUUUUCCUAACAUUCAUUUCUUAAAUACUGAUUUAUAGCUUCAGCUUUAUUCAUUGAAGCAAAUGUAAGCAGUGGUAUUUUUACUUAUUAAUUUGCGAGGGAAAUGUUCCUUGCCUAACAAAUGAAGUAGAACAUGAAGUCACAUUUUUUAAAAAUUAAGUUCUUUUUUUAUUUGUUCUAGUGUAGAUUUUCCUAAACAGGUAAAAUUUAAUGUCUUCUGCAUUCAGAUUGAAAAUAAUUACUUAUCAAUACAAUUGCAAAUAAAUGCAUUUUCCAAAUUGAUUAAGACAUUUUGGGACUUUUUCAUGACAGUUUCAAUCAGGAAUGAUAAACAUAAAAAUGUACUAUGAAGUGAAAGAAAAAUCAGUUUAUGAAAAAAAAACAUAAUUCUCUCCAUUGAUGUUGUUACGGAUAGAAUUUUCGGAAUGUAGGGCCCUUUGUAUUGCAAUGCGCCAGACUCUUACCCACAUACUUACAUUUGUAUUUGGCUUCAUUGUUAACUGCUUCAUUGAUUUCUGGUAUGUUGAAGUUAUGUUAUAUAAGGGCGUUGUUCGUGUUGGCCCGGGGUUCUCGACUGGCUUGGGUAGGGUUGGGAUCCUGAGUGGAGUUUCCGCCGUUGGUCUGCGAAGUCGUACUAGAGGAGUCGACUGCCAGUGAGUUGGCUGACAGGCUGGAAGGCUGGUUGCAUGUCUGUGCUACCGCUACCUUGAUAGAUGUUUCUUUUUCCGUUGUUUGACACAUCUUGGCGGGUGAUUCCGCACUCCCUUUCCAAUAUGUUCCUGUCAGUUGGGCACCCGUGCAUUUUUAUUUUCAUACCAGUAUGUGAACUUUAUCCUUUUUGCAUGCAACUUAAGUUGGCUUGUUUAUCUUUUGCUUUGCCCGCUUCUGCUUUGGGCAUGUGCAUUUCUUUGGGCCUGUCAAUGGUUGCAUGCUUUGCCCUCUUUUGCUUUAUUUUGAUUAAUGGCUGAUUGCUUAUAGUUGACGCAUGAUUGUACAUUUUGCUGUUCUGAAUAAUUGUUUGGUCUUCAUUAAUUUCUGCUUGUACUGUAAUUUUGACGUUGGAGUUUUAAUUAACAAGGUGUUGGGGUUUGAUGUCUUCUUUUAAAAUAAAUAUAAUUAUUUGCAUGCUACAUCUGUAUUCCAUUUUGUCGUCUUGUUGACUGCCAAACAAAUUUUCAUGACGUUUUAUUUCAAUCUUCUGCCGUGCGCUGGUCUGUGGUUGCCUUGCACGUAACAAUGUAUACAGUUUGUUUAAGAUUGUUUUUUUCAAAAUUCACUUUCAAAAGAUAUAUUUUACCAAGAUUUUUUUUUAAAGAUUUUAAACCAACAGUAAAGAAAUGCGUUUUGAGGAAUGAAUUGUUUUAAGAGAUUUAUUUUCCAACAGAAGCAUUUCGAAUGUGACUUCACCUGUUUAAAAAGGACAUAAUCAUGUCCCCUUAACCCUUGCAUAGUUUCUAAAAGCAGAAAAAACAUACCCCAUUACAAACGAACUUUGGAAAAAUGUGUCUCAUAAAAACAAACUUGAACAAAAUAAACUUCCCUUUUUUAAACUUGUAUACAUCUUGGCACCAGUGGGCUUUCAUAUGAAAUAGCUAGACAUCAUCAGUAGAUUCACCAAUCCUUUCUUUGACGGUUUUUUUCAUUUAGAUAGCUUCUUACCAAGGAAAAAUGAUUAAGUUAAAAAGUUAAGUUAAAACUAGAGUGCUUGUAAUGGGAUUACGCCAACUGCAUAACAGUGAAGUAGGGUUUGAAUGGGGCAUUAUGGAUAUAAUCAAAGAUUGCAAUUAGAAAGUAUGAUUUACAGUCAUUUCAAUUCAGAAUUACUGCAUAACCAUAAAUCAGUUCCUUCCAGAUUUAGAAUCGCCCAAUACAUAUCGAUUAUGUGAACCUUGAUCGUUGUAGCUUGAAAUGAGAAACAUUAUACUGGCAUAGUUGGCUGGAUGAUGCUGAUAUUUGGGUGAUUAAUAUAGAUCAUUUGUGCAUCAGAAAUUCAAUGUGACGGGUCUGAGUACAUUAAUACCGCUGUUUCAGUGGUCCGAAUAAGAACCUGAAGAGUGCCCUCAGUCGUUUCUAAAAGAAACAGCCACACCAUGCUUGUCAGAUAUAUUUACUUAUGUUUUUCUAUCCAAAAUGUGACCAGGUUUUACAGAUUAAAAGUGUAAAGUUUGCAUAAAUUUAAGAGUUGAUUGAAAGAAUUCCUUGAGAAUUUAAAGAAGAAAUAUUGCAUGAUACUUAAUUUAGAUCAAGUCAUUGUUUGUAGUGCUUGUAAUGUACCUUGAAACAAACUCACAGAGGAUCGAAAGUUUAA